GCUCAGACAAGACAUAUAGAUGAGACACUGUUCCCCCUCGCGCGUGAAUGGAUUCUCCCAGUUCUCAUCACCAGGAGCGAAUCGAUAGUUAAAGAACACUGAAUAUUGCAGUUUCACUGUUUCAGCACCGACUGAAGUGACACCACUAGUCUUCAGUGGGGAACAUAAUGGAGGAGCAGAAGCUUAAAGAUCCUCUUGACAAAGUGUCUUUGAUCAAAGAUGAGCUGAGCAGGAGCACUGUUGAGGCCAGUGAAUCUGAGAAAGUCAUCCAGCGGCUCAACCAGGAACUGCAGGAGGCCAAUGAACAGGCCAACUCGGGCAAGCACAAAUGUGUCGAGCUACAAGGUCUUUUAGAGGAGGAGAAAAAAGCCAAUAAGCAGCAGGCAGAGGAGUCAGCAAAACAGAUAAAGGUCUUGCAGAUUGAGCUCCAGAAGCUUCAGGAAGACAUGGAGAAUCUCAGGGAUCAGAAGGACAGUGCAGUCUUCAGCACACGGCAGGAACUGCAUGCAGCUCAGGAGGAAGUGCAGGUGUUGCGGCGCACUAUGGAGAAAACGGCGGCCGAGCGAGAGCAUGAGGUCAGCGCUCUGAAGGGGAACCUGGCAACUCUAACUUCUGAGCUGGAGAAAUGGCAGCUGUCUGCAAACAAGUAUGAAUGGGAGCUCGAUAGUCUACAGGCCAGUCAUCAGCAGCAGAACCAGCAGAGAGACAGAGCUGCCAAACAACAAGCAAACGAGGUAGAGAGGCUGCAGAAGGACUUUGAGAGCCUGCGGAGGGAGUGUGCGUCUCUGAGGUCAGAGAGAGAGCAGCUGGCUGAUAAACAGCAGAAAGAGAAGCUCAGUCUGCAGAGUGAGAGCAGCACCCUGCGCUCGGAGAAAGAGGAGCUACUAAAGAAACAACAGCAGCUGGAGAAAGAGCUGGACAGCUCCAAGAAACAAAGCACAAGCCUUAGCAACACGGUCAAGACCCUGGAGAAGACCCAGGCAGAGCUGGAGAAACGACUGAGUGCCUUGCAGGAGGAGAAUCAGAGAGACACCAGCCAGUUCAACAGUCAGCUGGAGCAAAGCAACAGCAGGAUCAAAGAGCUGCAGAAAGAGUAUGAGGAGAUCCAGGCAGAGCUGUCAGGCCUCAGGGAGACGUAUGAGAAUGCAGAGGAGGAGAAACGUUCCAUCAAUGUGGAGCUGCAGCAGAGCCAAGAAAGCCUGAGGGCUCUGCAGGAAAAAGAAAACCAUCUGUCUUUAUUGCAGCCCAUCCUAGCCGUAGUCAUCGGCCUUGUCCUGGCUUUGCUGUAUUGGUGCUUGGGCCCAUUGUGGUAGAAAGGGAAAGUGGAUCAGGUGGAUGCCCAUCGCCGCUGGAACCGUGACUGUUGCCGUGUCUGCGUAUUUGCUUUCCAAGACCUCAAAAUGAGCAAACCAGUAACAAUUACACACCUUGAUGUGCAACCAUACUUAGUAAUUGUUUCUCAAACGUAUAGACAUUGUGACCUUUUAGUUUGUUUUUAUGGUGUUAGUUUGAGUAGCAAGUGUUUAAAUGCAAUUUGUUACUCAAAUAUUGAAGGCCUUAGCAUAAUAAUGUGUCAUGUCAAUUGUAUUCCCUCAUUUGCAUCAUAUAUCAUUUAGAUGAAUUUUAACUAAAGCUUAUGCAAGCAUAACAUUUUGAAGUAUCUGGUUAAUUACAAGUAUUUUACUGAACACUGAUGCUUUGCCAGAAAAACACACUUGGUCAAUUGCCUUACGUAAUACAACCUUACUAAAAUAAAUAUGCUUAAUGUCAAACAUCCUUAAAGGGAUAGUUCACCAAAAAAUGAGAGUUCUGUCAUUAUUUGCUCACCUUAAUGUCAUUCCAAAUCCAUAUGACUUUCUUCUCACAAAAGGAGAUAAUUAGUUGAAUGUUAGUCUGAGUCACCAUUCACUUUCAUUGAAUGGAAAAAAAAGAUGCAAUGAUAAUGAAUAGUGACUGAGGCUGUCAGACCCUAACAUUUCCUGCAGUGUUCCCUUUGAGAAAGGAAGGCAUAUGGGUAUGAAACCACAUUAGGGUGAGUAAAUGAUGAUGACAGAGUUUUCAAUUUUUAUAUGAACUAUGCUUUAAGCCUUUAUACCUCCCUUAGCAAACACUUCUACAAGCUGCCACCCGGAGCUAACUGCAAUAAUGCAUUCAAGACAUGCAUGCAUCCAUUUAAGUUUUAACUUGUUCAAACAUUCUGUGGCUUAAAGGUCUGAAUUCAUCACUAUUUAAUGUGUAUGUGUUGUUGCAGAAGUUCACCUUAUAUAAAGCCAUUAGUGAUUAUGUCUAUGCACUGUACUUUAUUGUAGUAAAGAUUUGAUGGUUUAAUAAUGCUACUGCUCACUUAGGACAUUAGAGCACUAAUGUGUCCUAAAGAGACCUAUAAUAGAGUAUUUAUGAUUUAUUAUGUUUAUUACUUGUACAGAGAUUUAAGGAAAGAAUACCUAAUGAUGUGCUUAUUGCAAUAAAUAAACAAACCUGAAGUUCAAA